CACAGUCCCUCUUCUUUCUGUCCUCCUGCUCUUUGCCGCUCUUCCAUCUCUGUGCCCCUGACACCAUCCCCUCUUCCUGUCUUCCCUCCACCUCCAGAGGCUUAACUACUUAGGAUUCCCACUAACUCUCCCUGAGAUGACUCCACAGUCUCCACUGGGUCUCUGCCUUGUCAUGCCCCGGAGCCCCUCCAUCGCGCCGAGCUGGGUGCUGGUGCUGAGGCUGCUGGCUUUGCUACGGCCCCCGGGGCUGGGCGAGGCAUGCAGCUGCGUCCCAACGCAUCCGCAGGAGCACUUCUGCAACUCCGCGGUUGUGAUUCGGGCCAAAGUCUCCAGUGAGAAGAUAGUUACUGCCAGUGAUGACCCUUCUGACACUCAAAAAUUGAUCCGGUAUGAAAUCAAACAGACAAAGAUGUUUAAAGGGUUUGAGAAAGUCAAGGAUAUUCAGUAUGUCUAUACCCCUACAGUCCCUCCUCUCUGCGGUGUGAGACUAAUAGCCAACAACCAGAAGCAGUACCUUCUGACUGGUGACGUCCUCAGUGACGGAAAAAUCUUCAUCAGUCUGUGCAACGAAGUCCUGCCCUGGGAAGACGUGUCCUCUGCGCAGAGGGAGAGUCUGAAUCAUGGCUACCUUAUCAACUGCGGAUGCAAAAUUACCACCUGCUAUUCAGCGGACUGUACCAACUUGGUUCGCAAUGAGUGCCUCUGGACAGACUGGCUGUUGGAACGGAGGCUGUAUGGGAACCAGGCCCAGCAUUUUAUCUGCAAGAAGAAUGCAGACAGCACCUGCAGCUGGCAGCUGGUACACCACCAUCCCCUUAGGAAGGCGUUGGUUGACAUCAUCCAGCCUUAGUAAAGACCAGUGACCACCACAUCCUUUCAAGAGACCUGAAGACCAAGCCAGUUCUCCUUCUCUGUGGAACUCUGACCGUGACCAUCUACCCUGUUGCUCUAGCCAAAGGGAAGUACCAAGUGGUCAGCCUUACCAGCAUCAUGGCAGGGAUGGGGCACAUUACUGCUUGUGUCUAAGACUCUAGUCUACAACCUGAGAAGGUGGUAUGACUUUUUUUGUCCAGCCCUCAUUACUUCUCUCCUUCCCCCCAACCCCCUCCCCCCAAUAGUUUAAUCUAUUGUUGAAAGUUUUGAUUCUGGCUCAGUUUGUUUUCCAGGGCCAAGACUAAUUUCUUUUCUCCCCAGGAAAAUACGUGUUCAUUUAGCUUAAAUUAUCUGAUAGGAGAGAAAUGGUGAAUGUUACACAUAUCACACCCUUGUGAUGUGUAAUAAUAGAAGAUGGGUUGACAGGAGUAGGAAUGAAGUGAACAACACUACAGCUGUGUGUCCUCUACUCCUGUUGACUCCAUUCAUCCUAAUCCUCUCAUGCACUGUCAUGUGUGGGGGACACAGAAUCACUUGAUGUGAGAGCUAGAACAGUCCAACGCCCCUCUCUAUGCUGCAGUCCCCUUGACACCAUUCCUGG